AUGGAGUAUCUUCAGCUUAUGGUCUACUUUACAUUGACUCCCUUCCUUUUCCUUCAUGUGUCCAAGGCAGAAGAAAUAAUUUCCACCACCAUCACAGUUGAUCUCUUUGGCAAAGGAAACUUCACCUCAGUGCAAAAAGCCAUUGAUUCAAUCCCAUCAAAUAACAAAUUAUGGACUCGUAUCCACGUUACGGCCGGUAUUUAUAGAGAAAAAGUUGAAAUCCCUCCAGACAAACCAUACAUAGUUCUUCAGGGAGAGAGCAGUCGUCUGACUUUUAUCCAAUGGGGAGAAUUUGGAGACUCCGGGAGAAGUGCUACCUUCAAGCUGUAUGCAGACAAUUUUGUGGCUCGUGAUAUUACAUUCGAAAAUACAUACAAUCAUAUGCUAUCUAGCGAUGUGGUAACAAAUGUUACAUGGGCACCGGCAGCUCUAAUUCAAGGAGACAAAGCAGCAUUUUAUCGUUGUGGCUUUCUUGGCCUUCAGGAUACACUCACUGAUUGGCAAGGCCGUCACUUUUUUAACACUUGCUACAUUGAAGGUGCAAUAGACUUCAUCUGGGGUGGUGGCCAAUCAAUUUAUCAGGAUUGCUUUAUAAAUGUAACUAAAUCACGUCUAGGGGCCAGCGGGACUGCCUAUAUUACAGCUCAAAGCCGAGAGAGUGAAGAAGAUCCCAAUGGUUUUGUGUUCAAGUACUGUGCAAUAAGAGGAUCUGGCCCUGCAUUUUUAGGGAGAGCUUAUAGGAACCAUUCCAGAGUAGUGUUUUACCAGUCUUAUUUCGAGAAUAUUAUUGCACCAAAGGGUUGGGAUGCAUGGGAUACAAUCACGUUCUCGGAGGUGAAGAACAUAGGCCCUGGGGCAGACAUGUUGAAGCGUGUGAAAUGGGUGAAGCACUUACCCGAGAAAACAUUGGAAAAGCUUGUAGACAUAAGCUUCAUAAAUGCAGAAGGGUGGAUAGAGAAUCAACCAAGCUACUAA